GAAAGAAAUGGUAAACACAAUUACGUUUAACAUUAUAAUAUUCUUAAAUGUGCUGACUUUGGGCGCGAGUGAAACGAUCGAUCGUACCUGUUUGCUUAUGACAACCGUAAAAUGGGUUGAUGUGUGCCACGGAACUAUAACGAACGAGAUGAAACUUAAAUACAAAGAUCAAUUGACAAACAUUGGCACACCCUUCAAAAUAAUGAUCUCCGAAAAUGCAGACGUGGGCUUUCUGGUGACUUUCUAUGAUUCGUAUCUACGAAAUUGUAGCUCGCUGCGUGUCGACAGUAAUUCGGUGGCCAUGUGCGAAAAUAAGGGGAACUAUACGAUAAAGAGAUCUAUGAUUCACUGUUUUGAAUUUUAUCUCUUUUAUGCAGAUGAAUUGACGCGAAUAUGCUACGAUCCGGCUGAUUCGAAGACGCGACAAGCACCCCCAAUUCGAUUUACAGCACUUCAUUAUGCAUACAAACCACCGAUUGAAGCAGGUCAAGCUCGCUUAGAUAUAGGAAUGAAAUGGGUAUUUUGGUUAAUCGCCGCUAUUCUGGUGUGGAUAAUGUAA